AUGCCUCCUUUUCGCAAUCUUCUUGGUCGAAAGCCCCAGCCCAAUGGCCUCGAGUCCGAUGGCUUUGACGAGGCCCGUUUGUCCCCGAACGACCGCCCGGGUCCCAUUACUAUGCGCCGCAGUUGUGAUGGCCAACCGCCUCCCGAGUACAAAUUGUGCGUCGUGAACGAUAGCGGCGUUUAUCUUCCGCCCUCACCCCCUGAGAAACAAAGCUUCUGGCACCGAUACCCCGGCUCGGCGCGAUCGACAACAAAACAUCGUGACCUGGUCGAUGAGAAUGAGCCUUUCUCCAUAUCCCGCGAAUCAUUCGAUUCUUAUCGCCGGUCCUUCGACAUCUCUGCACGCUCCCCGGUGAUAUACGCCGAAGCCGCGCCCUCCCGGACAUCCCUCGACUCCCGCUUCUCCCAUAUCAACUCCCCCUCCAUGCGAUCCACCAGUUUCGAACGGCCCGAACGCAUGGAAGAAGAAACUUUUGAGGAUGUCGGUCUCAACGACGACGCCAAACCCAAGAAAAAGGGAAUUUUCGCCCGCUUUGGCGACUCAUCCAACGACACGCAACAACCCGCGAACAAGUCGUCUACAUCGUUCGGGUUCCACAUCCCUGGCAGGAAGCGUGGACAGAGUGGGGGUGGAUCGGAGUUGGGCGCCGUCAAGACACCGACGACUACAGUAGCGCCCGCCCUUGAGAACGAUAAAUGA